AUGAAUCUGAAUGAUACGUCUCUGGCAUUGUUGGCUUCUUCCAUGGACAGCACCGCUGGAUUUUUGAAAACUAAACUUUCGGGGAUCUGGAAGUGCACCUCAUGGUGGCAGGUCCUUAUCACAUUAACUCUAGGUGUGAUUGUUUACGAUCAAGUUCUGUAUUUAUUGAAAAAGGGAACGAUCGCUGGACCCCGUUUCAAAGUUUGGCCAGUUAUUGGCCCAUUUUUGGAAAGUUUAGAUCCUAAAUUUGAAGAGUACAUGGAAAAAUGGAAUUCUGGCCCGUUAUCCUGUGUCUCGAUUUUCCAUAAGUUUGUGGUUAUUGCAUCUUCGAGGGACUUGGCAAGAAAAAUUUUAAGUUCGCCCAAGUACGUGAAGCCAUGCGUGGUGGAUGUUGCGGUGAAGAUUUUGAGACCUACAAAUUGGGUAUUUUUGGAUGGUAAAGCUCACGUUGACUACAGGAGAUCGUUGAACGGAUUGUUUUCUCAAAAAGCCCUUGAGAUAUAUAUCCCUGUCCUUGAGAAGUACAUGGAUAUCUACCUUGAUAGGUUCAUCGGAUAUGAGGGUCCAAGAACCUUUUUCCCUGAGUUUAGAGAGUUGCUUUGUGCUUUGUCCUUGCGUACCUUCUGCGGAGAUUACAUCACAGAAGAACAAAUUGCCUUGAUUGCUGAUAAUUAUUUCAAAAUCACUGCUGCCUUGGAGUUGGUGAAUUUCCCAAUCAUUAUUCCAUACACCAAGACCUGGUAUGGUAAAAAGAUUGCCGAUGACACAAUGAAAAUCUUUGAAAGCUGUGCAGCGAAGGCUAAAAAACACAUAAAUGAGGAGGGUGGAAAACCAGGUUGUGUAAUGGAUGAAUGGAUUUAUCUUAUGAAGGAAGCAAGAGCAAAUCACAAAGAGGACCCAGACUCAAAGCUUCUUAUCAGAGAUUUUUCAAAUAAAGAAAUCUCUGAGGUUAUCUUUACUUUCCUCUUUGCAUCUCAGGAUGCCUCAUCAUCGUUGGCUUGUUGGUUGUUUCAAAUUGUCGCGGAUCGUCCCGAUAUUGCACGGAAGAUUAGAGAAGAACAACUAUUAGUCAGAGACAAUGAUCCCCUGAGGCCACUUACUUUGGAAAUGAUUAACAAGAUGAAAUAUACCAAUUGUGUUGUAAAAGAGUCAUUGCGCUACAGACCGCCUGUUCUUAUGGUCCCCUACGUUGUCAAACAGAGUUUUCCCGUAACACUGGAGUAUACAGCUCUGAAAGGCUCGAUGAUCGUUCCUACAUUAUAUCCAGCUCUCCAUGAUCCUGAGGUUUAUCCUGAGCCUGAUUCUUUCAUACCGGAAAGGUGGGAAAACCCCACCGGUGAUAUGGACAAAAGAAGCUGGUUAGUUUUCGGUACUGGACCUCAUGUUUGUCUUGGUAAAGUGUACGUGCUCAUGAUGUUCACAGGCAUGUUGGGUAAAUUUCUCAUGAACAGCGAGAUAAAGCACACCGUGACUCCACUUUCUGAAAAGAUUAAGGUCUUCGCUACUAUCUUUCCAAAGGACGACUUGAUCCUCGAAUGGACCGCAAGGAACCCACACUCUUUGGACUAG